CAAAAGUUAACUUGACAAGUCACAAAAACGCCCUUGCUUCUAUUUUUCUUUUCUUAUAUAUUUAUCUCCCUCAAAUUCCCAAUCUCUGCAAUUUCUAGGGUUUGGUAGUAAAACUCAAAUUGAAAUCUGAUCGAAGUAAAUAAAAUUGAGAGAUGGUGCUGACACAGAAGCUUCACGAAGCAUUCAAGGGAACAGUUGAGAGAAUCACAGGGCCCAGAACGGUCUCUGCUUUCAAAGAGAAAGGUGUUCUGAGUGUCAGCGAAUUUGUUCUUGCCGGUGAUAAUCUCGUCGCUAAAUGUCCCACCUGGUCAUGGGAAUCAGGUGAACCAAGCAAGAGGAAGCCUUAUUUACCUUCAGAGAAACAGUUUCUGAUUACUCGGAACGUUCCUUGUCUACGAAGAGCUAUAUCUAUUGAGGAAGAGUAUGAAGCUGCUGGAGGUGAGGUUCUACUUGAUAAUGAAGAUAAUGAUGGUUGGCUGGCAACUCAUGGGAAACCAAAAGAAUCCAACGGUGAUGAGGAGGAAAAUGUUCCUUCCAUGGAGGCCCUAGAAAUCAGUAAGAAAGAUCAAAUAAAAUCCAUACCCUCAUACUUUGGGGGGGAAGAGGACGACGACAUUCCAGACAUGGCAGACUAUGAAGACCCUGAUAAUCUUAUUGAUUCAGAUCCUGCAACACUUCAUUCUACUUAUCUCAUAGCCCAUGAACCUGAUGAUGACAAUAUAUUGCGUACCCGCACCUAUGAUGUCAGCAUUACGUAUGACAAAUAUUAUCAAACUCCUCGUGUCUGGCUUACUGGAUAUGACGAGUCAAGAAUGCUUCUGCAACCAGAACUUGUACUUGAAGAUGUUAGUCAAGACCAUGCACGCAAAACGGUAACAAUUGAAGAUCAUCCUCAUUUGCCUGGAAAACAUGCAUCUGUACAUCCAUGUCGUCAUGGCGCUGUCAUGAAGAAAAUUAUUGAUGUUCUAAUGUCUCGUGGAGUUGAGCCACAAGUUGACAAGUAUCUUUUCAUAUUCUUGAAGUUUGUAGCCUCUGUAAUUCCAACUAUUGAAUACGACUACACAAUGGAUUUUGAUCUUGGUAGCUCAAGCAACUGAUAGAGGUGGAUGCUGCAACAAAUUCAAAACGCCACAGCAAACCAUCGUUGUACAUAAAUUUUACUAAUAAACUUCAUAUUUAAAGUUUCUGUGUAAGGGGAACGAAGGUUAUAUUACAUUACUAAAAAAGAAAAGUGGCUUUGUUGAAGUGUGAAGCAGUGUCUUACAUUAUAAAUUGUAAAUGUGGACGUUUAAUUUUAUUUUAUUGUCGUUUGGCAUAUGCCAUGUCCAAUAAGCUGAGUUGUGUGUGUGGCCAUUGCCGACAUGCUUACUGUAAGCUUUUAGGCAUAAAGCCAAAAUUAUAAAUGGAAGACAGAUUCUAUUUUUUUA